CCCUUUUUUGUCAAUUCAACUAGCAAUUCGUCCAUUGAAUCUUACAUCAUUUCUUCACUUGUGAAUUCCAAUUCUCCCUCUCUCUCUCUCUCUCCGACUCUCCCACAGAUUGAUUGUACAGAUAUAUAAUCUUAGGGGGUUGGAGAGGGAAACUAGGAGUUUGUUGUGAUGGCUCCGGCGAUGAGGGACGUGCAGCUGACGACGGCGAACAGGAACUCGUCGGAGGCUGCCGGAGAAGAUGAGUUGGAGGAGGUUAGGCUGUUGGAUUCCUAUGAGGAGGAGAGCUCCGGCGAGGGUUUGAGGAGAAUUCAGGUUAGAGUCACGGGGAUGACAUGCGCGGCCUGUUCCACAUCCGUUGAAGCAGCUCUCGCGGCCGUACACGGCGUCGUUAAGGCCUCCGUCGCUCUGCUUCAGAACAAAGCGGACGUCGUCUUCGAUCCUAACCUGGUCAAGGAUGAAGACAUUGCUAAUGCUAUAGAAGAUGCAGGAUUUGAGGCUGAGAUUAUAACUCAGCCUAUGACAUCUCAAAAGAAUGCACAUGGACAUGUUUCAGGGCAGUUUACAAUAGGUGGCAUGACCUGUGCAGCUUGUGUAAAUUCUGUUGAAGGUAUAUUAAGGGAUAUCCCAGGUGUGAGAAAAGCUGUUGUUGCAUUGGCUACCUCAUUGGGAGAGGUUGAGUAUGAUCCUGUCAUAGUCAGUAAGGAUGACAUUAUUAAUGCAAUUGAAGAUGCUGGUUUUGAGGCUGCGUUUGUACAGAGCAGCGAACAGGACAAAGUCACACUAGGGGUUGUUGGAGUAUCUACUAAGAUGGAUACACAGUUGUUAGAAGCUAUUCUUUCCAAGUUGCAUGGUGUGAAACACUUUUAUUUUGAUUACACAUCAAGAGAGCUGGAAGUUGUCUUUGACCCUGAGAUUCUUGGUCCAAGAUCCUUAGUUGAUGGCAUUGAGUCGGGGAGUAGUGAAAAGUUUAAGUUUAUAUGCAAGCAUCCCCACACAAGAAUGGCUUCCAGAAAUAUGGAAGAGUCCUCCUAUAUGUUCCAACUCUUCACUGCAAGCUUAUUUCUCAGUGUUCCAGUACUUCUAAUGCGAGUAGUCUGCCCCCACAUUCCUUUGAUCUAUGCAUUACUACUUCGCCGUUGUGGUCCUUUCCAAAUCGGUGAUUGGCUGAAGUGGGCCUUGGUCACUGUUGUUCAAUUUGUUAUUGGGAAGCGUUUCUAUGUUGCUGCUGGAAGAGCACUACGAAAUGGUUCCACAAACAUGGACGUCCUUGUAGCACUAGGAACUACAUCUUCAUAUUUGUACUCUAUAUGUGCACUUCUCUAUGGUGCAAUUACAGGCUUUUGGUCUCCAACUUACUUUGAAACAAGUGCUAUGUUAAUCACAUUUGUCCUUUUGGGGAAGUAUUUGGAGAUUCUUGCUAAAGGAAAGACAUCAGAUGCGAUUAAAAAGCUUGUAGAACUUGCCCCUGCUACAGCUAUAUUGCUUAUCAAAGACAGAGGAGGAAAAAUUGUAGGGGAACGAGAAUUGGAUGCUUUGUUAAUUCAACCCGGUGAUAUAUUGAAAGUACUACCUGGUACAAAAGUUCCUGUUGAUGGUAUCGUUGUAUGGGGGUCCAGUUAUGUAAAUGAGAGUAUGGUUACUGGUGAAUCUGCUCCUGUUCUAAAGGAGGUCAAUUCCUUUGUUAUUGGAGGUACAAUAAAUUUUCAUGGUUCACUUCACGUACAGGCCACCAAAGUGGGCUCCAACACUGUUUUGAGUCAGAUUAUAUCUCUUGUUGAGACUGCACAGAUGUCUAAAGCACCUAUUCAGAAAUUUGCUGACUAUAUAGCAAGUGUUUUUGUUCCUGCUGUUGUUACUAUGUCAGUGUUAACAUUCUUUGGAUGGUACAUUGCUGGGCUCGCCGGAGCUUAUCCAGAGGAAUGGCUACCUGAAAAUGGAAAUAAAUUUGUUUUUGCACUCAUGUUUUCAAUAUCAGUUGUGGUAAUUGCAUGCCCAUGUGCACUUGGUUUGGCUACCCCCACUGCAGUUAUGGUUGCAACUGGGGUUGGUGCCAAUAAUGGUGUGUUGAUAAAAGGAGGUGAUGCAUUGGAGACGACACAGAAGAUUAAAUAUGUAAUAUUCGAUAAAACAGGCACAUUAACGCAGGGUAAAGCUACAGUUACAACUGCAAAAGUUUUUGCAGAAAUGGAUCGUGGGGAAUUCCUUACAUUGGUGGCUUCUGCAGAGGCUAACAGUGAACACCCAUUGGCUAAAGCCAUACUGGAGUAUGCUCGCCAUUUCCAUUUCUUUGGUGAUACUUUGACUACGAAGGAGGAGCAAACUUGUGGAGCAUCCAAACUCUCAGGAUGUCUUCAUGAUGCCUCAGAUUUCUCUGCUUUACCAGGAAGAGGUGUUCAGUGCUACAUUGAUGGCAAACGAAUAUUGGUUGGUAAUAGAAAGAUACUGAUUGAAAGUGGGAUCGGGAUACCUAAAGAUGUCGAAAAUUUUAUCAUGGAGUUGGAAGAAAGUUCAAAGACUGGGAUUCUCGUGGCCCGCGAUAGUGUUGUUAUAGGUGCUCUUGGUAUAGCAGACCCUUUAAAGAGAGAAGCUGCCGUUGUUGUAGAGGGUCUCAUGAAAAUGGGUGUCAUUCCUGUCAUGGUCACCGGCGAUAAUUGGACAACUGCUCGGGCUGUUGCUAAGGAGGUUGGCAUUGAAGACGUGAGAGCAGAGGUAAUGCCAGCAAGAAAAGCCGACGUCGUCCGCUCAUUUCAGAAAGGAGGGAACGUGGUUGCAAUGGUGGGCGAUGGCAUCAACGACUCUCCCGCACUUGCCGCCGCAGAUGUCGGCAUGGCGAUCGGCGCGGGGACCGACAUCGCAAUCGAAGCUGCCGACUACGUGCUGAUGCGCAGCAACUUGGAAGACGUCAUCACCGCGAUCGACCUCUCCCGUAAGACUUUUGCUCGCAUCAGACUGAACUACGUGUUCGCCAUGGCCUACAACAUGGUUGCCAUCCCAGUCGCGGCAGGUGCGUUCUUUCCUAUUGUGAGAGUGGAGUUGCCGCCUUGGGUGGCCGGCGCGUGCAUGGCCAUGUCCUCCGUUAGCGUCGUCUGCUCUUCCCUACUUCUAAAGAGAUACAAGAAACCUCGUCUUACCACAUUACUAGAAAUCACAGUGGAGUAGAAGAAAAGAAAUUGUGGUUUAAAAUGAAUUGACACUAAAAGAAUGCGUGUCCUAAUUUUUUUGUGUGUAUCUGUGAUUCGUUCCUUCUUUCAUAUAAAAACCAGUCGGUUGUUGUAUAAUUGACAUUGCUAAUCUAAAUGUAAAUGCUUUGUUUGUUCUUAUGCUGGUGUCACUAGGGGGGGGGGGUGGGUGUCACUAGGUGGGGGUA